CUUUCCAGUCCAGGAAGGAGGAAGAGUCUGCAGCUGUCGUGCCUUCACCGCUGUCACCUCUCCAUGCCCGCCGUGUAGACCCGCUCUGCCCCGGGAUAAUUCUGCCGUUUCACCGGAUCCCAGCGCUGUGGAAUGAGUUUUAUCACCAACUGGAGACGGAGCGUGAAGAAAAAUGACAGCAAAAAUGACGCCGAGCAGGCGCAGGACAUACGCGGUGGCCCGGACUCCCCAAGCCGGCUGUCAGUCAUAAACAGUCCAGAGUUGGAUCCCAUCAUCACAGACUUCAGGUUACAGCUACCGGGAAACGAAGAUGGUCAGGAAUCAACAAAUGCAUCGAACGGGUGCUCGCGGUCAGACCUGUCGCUGGCUCUGGAGGACUGCAUGGCCGCCCUGGAUCUGUUCCUCAGAAACCACUUUGAGGAGGCGCAGGCCCAGCUCAGAUGCAGGACCAAAGACAGCAUGUACCAUGCUCUGACCUACGCCACCAUCCUGGAGAUGCAGGCCAUGAUGACCUUUGACCCCCAACACAUCCUGGCUGCAGGAAACACCAUGAAGGAGGCCCAGGCUAUCUGUCAGCGGCACCGCAAGAAGUCAAGCUUCUCCAGAAACUUCACAGAAGAUGAGCUUCACGCGGAGGUCUGCUAUGCCGAGUGUCUCCUGCAGAGGGCAGCGCUCACCUUCCUUCAGGAUGAAAACAUGAUCAGUUUCAUCAAAGGGGGAAUCAAAGUGAGAAACAGCUACCAGACAUACAAAGAGCUUCACACAGUCCUCCAGUCCUCCGGAUACACUCAUGGUGACAACCACGGCCAUUUUGAGGGUGGCGUUAAACUGGGAGUAGGAGCUUUUAAUCUAAUGAUUUCCAUGUUGCCCACGCGGACGCUCAAGCUGCUCGAGUUUGUCGGUUUCUCCGGCAAUAAGGACUUUGGCCUCCAGCAGCUUCAGGAGGGCUCUGCAGAAAGCACAUUCAGGUCCUUCCUAUGUAACAUGCUGCUGCUCUGUUAUCACACCUUCAUGAGUUUCAUAUUAGGCACUGGAGAAGGCGACGUAGAAGAUGCAGAGAAACUGCUGCAGCCGUAUCUCAAAAAAUAUCCGAAGGGAUCCAUCUUCUUGUUCUUCGCUGGUCGAAUAGAGGAGAUCAAAGGCAACUUGGAUGCUGCUAUUACCCGUUUUGAGGAGUGCUGUGAGGCUCAGCAGCAGUGGAAGCAGUUCCACCACAUGUGUUACUGGGAGCUGAUGUGGUGCUUCACGUACAAGAGGCACUGGAAGAUGGCCUACUUCUACGCUGACCUGCUCAGCAAGGAGAACUCCUGGUCCAAGGCUACCUAUGCGUAUAUGAAAGCAGCCUACCUCAGCAUGCUGACUUCAGAUGAUUGCCUAACCUUUGGGGAAACUGCGUUCACUCUGUUCAGGCAGGUCCCAGGGCUGAAGCAGAAAAUAGCAGGAAAAUCUUUACCAACAGAGAAGUUUGCUAUAAGGAAAGCCCGUCGCUACCUUGCAGAAAACCCCAUUCCUCUUCCUGCUCCUCCUCUGGAGAUGAUGUACAUCUGGAACGGCUAUACAGUCAUCGGCAAACACAAAGACCUGACUGAAGGAAUGCUGAAAACACUGGAUGAGGCACAGGCCAAACUCGAGAGCAGCCCAAGGACUGAGUUCUCCAUAGACGAUCAGUGUCUGCUGAGCCUCUUGAAAGGACUGUGUCUCAAACACCUGGGGCAUCAAGAGGAGGCUGAACACUACUUCACCCUUGUCCUCUGCAAUGAGACUCAGAUUAAGUAUGACCACUACCUGGUUCCUAAUGCCCUGCUGGAGCACGGCCUGCUGUGUCUGGAGCAGGGCAGAAAAGAUGAAGCUGUCAAACUCCUCGAAGCAGCAAAGCAAAAUUACAAAAACUACUCGAUGGAAUCACGGACACACUUCCGUAUUCAGGCUGCUCUGCACAAGGCCAAGGGCACAGGGGAGAAUGGCACUCAUGUUCCCUCCAGCCCAUAACAGACAGAGGAGGGCACACUAGAGCUGAGACAGCUAUCUGUUUCUGCUAUCCCACAAUGCAACACUCAGCACAGGCCAGCCCGCCCAUUCAAGUGGAUGAUUUAAAAAUUUUUUUUUUCUGGUGGGUAUGGAUGGAUGCUUGUUUAUCUCGUUUGUGCUGCCCUUACAGGCGACUGCAGCUCUAUGUGGCCCUGACUGCCUUAGACAGGUUUGCUACGCCCUCUUCCAGAGUAAUAUUAUGAUGAACCUCACUUCCUCGUGUGAUUUGAAAUAGAGACAAGUUGAGAAAUGUGCCUAUAUUUAUGAAACAUCGCUUCUAGCAGGCUUAUUGUCUAGCAGUGUGGCCACGCAUAUGAGGCACACUACGGUAGAAAACAAGGUACAUUUGUGUACUAUAUACUGCAGAUUACCUCCACUAUAACCAGGAAAUGUGCCCCAUUCAGGGUAGUAGGGUUGGAUCUGAUGGAGCCAGAGUGCCAAACGGCCCCCAUAUAACCACUGACACUCACUCCACCUGUCCAGCAGCACUGUGUGACCUGGUUACUACAAACCCCUCCCCUUCGUUUAAUUGAAUGUAAGACUGUUUUGUACUAUGUCAUUUGAUACAUUUUGGUUGACAGAUUUUACCUUUGAUUUUCAAACCAUAUGACCUAAUUUGAUUGAAACCCUUGAUAAGUUUGAUUCACUUUCACACUGUACUGUAAGCUAUGGUUCAUUGUGUUUCUCAGAGUGAACAUUUCAUUGUUUACUUUAAACUUUCUUCCUCUCCUUGAAACCCAUUGAAACAUUGAAAGUUACAAAUUUAUUCAUGUGGAAUUCUUUUUUUCAUUCUCCUUCUGAAGAAAUGAUCAGAUCUGCAGUCCUGUUGUAUCUACAGUUACAUGUAAUGGCUACUGCAUAGAGCUCUUUAAAUCAGCCAGCCAUGCAAACUCUUACAUUUAUAUACUGUAAAUGGCACCUUUUACACAAAUUGUCCUGUUUUAAGAGGACAGAUGAAUGUGUCUUUUAGAAAGGCAGACUCCCUCCUUUUCUCCUCCUGGUUUGUGGGACAGACUCCAACAGUACUUGAGUUUAAACAAACAGGCCAUUCACACCGAGCAGCGAAGGACUGCGUGCUUGUCGGCCUGUUGCAUCUUUCACGAGAGAGCAAGCUCUGAGCGGGAACUACCAGAGUCCUCCUGCUCUGUGAACAUCCUCUGCUGCUCUUGUAUCGGCAAUGCUUCACGAACACCACCUAUAGAAGGACAUGAACAUCAUAACCACAAUCCUGUGUCAAAUAAUAAUCUGCAUAUGAACAAAUGCUUGUAAUGAAAUGAUUGAACUGAUGAGUCAGAAAGGGGUCAUCUCUGAUUGUACAGGUGGUGACGUUAUUUGAAGGGCUGUGUCCCAGCAACAGAGUGUCCGAAACCUAGAUACUCAGAUGGUGUCUCAAGUGUUCGAAAUAGAGCACUGCUGAUUUAUUCAUGAUUAGAGUAAGGUCUGGGAUUCAAGAUGAAGACUAUGAGUCAGUUUCAAUGUUUUAUAUUGGUGGAGGAAAUGUAGGCUACUUUUAAUAUUACUUUAACAGCAGUCACUCUGGAGUAUUCCAGUAACAAAUCAUGUUUUUUUUGUUCGAAUAAUUAAUUAAUUGUUAUAAUAAUUAAACUUAUUUGUAUUUUCUUUUUUCCCCUUUGGUUUUUCAGAUAUAUCUGACAGAACCUCUAACCAAAUUUAGUGGCAUUGUGAUGUUUACAAUCAGCAUAUUUUACUGGGCACAGCUACCACUCAGCAGAAUGACAUUCCUGUACAUACUGAAUGUUUUUAUUGUAAUUUAAGAUGAAAUGAUGAUACGCAACUAAAAAAUA